AGUGUGAACCACUAACUCCGAGCUCAAUUGCCGCACUUCCAGUAUCAGCCUCACAAAUUGCGCCUUUUCAGUGUCAAACCUUCGCAGACCAAAACAACAAACCAAAAUAGAACCCCACAUCCCAUCGACACAAACACAAAUAAAAAACAUUACUAAGAGACCACAUCGUAGGUUGUUGCAGAGAGAAAAAAAAAAUGGCAAGUGCUAGGAGAGUGGGCGUGGCGGUUGAUUUCUCAUCGUGCAGCAUCAAAGCACUGCAAUGGACGGUGGAUAACGUGGUCAAAGAAGGCGAUCACCUCGUUCUUGUUGUCGUUCGCCAUGCUUCCAAUUACGAGCACGGCGAGAUGCAGCUCUGGGAAACCACUGGUUCACCUCUGAUACCUGUGUCUGAGUUCGCUGAACCUGCGGUGAUGAAGAAAUAUGAAUUCAACCCCGAACCUCAAGUAAUUGAUAUAGUGCAAACUGCUGCCAGACAAAAAAAUAUUACGGUGAUAAUGAAGAUCUAUUGGGGAGAUGCUCGUGAGAAGUUAUGUUUAGCUGUUGAUCAAGUACCUCUAGACUACCUUACCAUCGGGAACAGAGGCCUUGGACCUCUUCAAAGGGUCAUAAUGGGCAGCGUCAGCAACUAUGUGGUGAAUAAUGCCACCUGUCCUGUCACUGUGGUGAAGGGUUAAGUUAAGACCACAACCGUUGGUUACUUCAUUAAUUUUCCGAUCUGAUGUAGGAAUAAUCGAACUAUUCUACCUGCUUCUGUUCAAGACUCUGGUGUUCGUGUAUUAUUCAACUGUUUCUGAAAUUACUUUUUUCUCAGUAAAGGAAUAGGAUGUGUUAAUUGUAAUACUACUUUCAUUAUCCCAACAGAAAUAAAUGAGACAAGACUAUACUGAAAUAGCAGUGUUUCGGUGAAUGAAUGUUGUGCAAUCGUUUUCCCUUCGGCU